GUCACAAACAGGAGUGCUCACAAGACGUUGCUGUUUGCAUUGCCAUCUCCCCCCUCCAACCCAAACAACAACAACAACAGCAAAAUCCCGUCUCUGGUAUGUAGCAGUGAGAUUAUUGUUCUUUUCCCCGCCGCUAUAAGAUUCCAGGAUGAUCCAAGAGUGUAUUUACUGGAUUUGAGGGGUGUUGUUCGGGGGGGAAUUCCACCGCUGCCUCAAAACCAGCAGUUUACAAUAUCCUGAGCUGACCCUACUGGACGUAUUACAUCAGGUCAGAAACAUUUUUGUUGCAGGAGCACAGCAGCCUAUUCCUUUCACGGGAAUGGUUUAAUCUACUGCUUGCUGUUAGCUUAAUAACCUUUUCCUACUUGAACUGUCCUUUCUGGCAGGUUAUUUUUUUCAUGGAAUCCCCUGGAGUUUGGCCAUGAGCUGAGAGUGCAAGAGACCACUAAACAAGAAGAAAACCUCCAGAGAGCUUAGCUGAGCAACCUUAUUUAAGUAAUAAAAAACACUGCGUUUGACGAGCCAAUAACGUAAAGCAAACAUUUAAAGCACAGAACGCCAAACACUUGUCCGUAAACCUAAGCCUUUAUGAGCAGCAGUUACAGUUAUAAAAGAAUAUGAUCCCUUUCUGAGCCUCCCAGCCUACCUGCAUCCCUGUGUUAAUUCAGGGCGCUGCUGGCUGGGCUUUGUGAGUGUCGCAGGACUAAUCCCCGCGGUUCCUUGAUUAUGAGCAUGUGCAGAGCAGCCCAAGGUACAGCCGUGCAUGCAGAGCCAACACGCAGAGACGUGCCUUGCAAUGCCAUGUUGCUGCAUGUGUUCCCACAACUGAGAAAGAUACAGGGAGCCUGCCUGCCUUGCUGAUUUAUCUGAUGUGUUCUUGUUUCUGUUUCAGCAUUCAGGAGAAUUCCUUCAGCACGACAGCUUUAGCAGAGUGUGACGGGGAUUCAGACUCUGUCCAUGAAGAUCAAGCAGGCAGUUCCAGUCCCAGAGAUGAUGAUAACAAAGAAAAUUAUCCGGACAACGGUGCUGUCUUAGAGGAAAGGCAGCUGCCUUUGCCAGACGCUCAGCAGCACAGGCAGCAGGCUGUGAUUGACUGUGCUCUAAAGCCUGAAAUGGGCAACUUAAAGCUGAGAAAACCCAAGCCCAUUGCAAAGCUAGAAAAUGGAAAAAGCCAUGAGGAAAGUCAGGAGCUGGAAUGUGCAUUGCCAGGCCUCCCAGAGUGGCAGGGGAAGCCUGGAUCCUCAGCUAAUGACUACACACAGAAUGUGGCUUUGAGGUGCCAGGAAACAGUCGUGAGACUUCAACCAAGAAUAGAUCAGAACACAAGCAUUUCACCAAAGGAAGCAACCGAUCAAUGUAACAGCUUAAAUGAGAAUUCUUUGUUGAAGCUGCAAGCCCUGGAAAGCGAGCUGUGCUCUGCAUUCCUGCCAAGCCAGGAGGAAGCUCCCCAGCUGCCGGCGCCCAAGGACGCAGCCCCUCCAUCAGCGCAGACCGGCGUGCAGGCUGAUGGGGCCGGCGGUGGAGAGCAAUAUCACUUCAUUUCUCCUAUUAUUGAUUUUAAUUUAAUGCAUCAGCAGAGAGAUAGCGAAGAGCCUGUGCCAGCCCACAGAGACUGGCAGAACGACAUGGAGAGCAGCCCACAGGAACAUCACUCCCUAGGGACCAGUCGACUGCUGUAUCACAUUACAGAUGGAGACAAUCCGCUUUUGUCACCACGCUGCUCUAUCUUUAGCCAAAGCCAGAGAUUUAAUCUAGACACAGAGUCUGCCCCUUCUCCACCAAGUGCUCAGCCUUUCAUGGUGCCAAGAAGUUCUUCCAGAUGUAACUGUGAAGACUGCAAAGAACCACAGACAGUAACACAACUUACCAAGCAUUUGCAGAGCCUCAAGAGAAAAAUUAGGAAGUAUGAAGAAAAGUUUGAGCAAGAAAAAAAAUACCUGCCUUCCCAUGGUGACAAGACUUCCAAUCCUGAAGUUCUGAAAUGGAUGAAUGCUUUGGCCAAAGGUCGGAAGCAGCUCAAAGAACUGAAACUCAGAAUUACAGAAGAGCAAAACUGCACCUCCACAGCACCCCAAAGAAAUGACCAUUGUGAAAGCACUGGGACCUCUAAAGAGGCUGGCACACAGGAGGCCACGAGCAUGGAACCAGCUCCCUCAGUGGAAGAAACCAUGGAUAGCGUAUUGAGGCGACUGAAGGAGAAAAGACAACACUUUCACCUUCCUGAGACUAUUAAGGUCACUAAGCAAGAAAAGAGUCUCAUGAAACCUCUUUACGACAGAUACAGAAUUAUCAAGAAACUUCUUGCAGCUCCAUCUUUGAUCACAACAAUUCAGGAGGAGGAAGACUCAGAUGAAGACCAUUCUCAAAGCAGCCAUGAGUUGUCAUCUGGUCCAAUGUCUUGCUUCCCGGUUGAAGAGCACCUGUGUUACUCUCAGGAGGAGAGUGAGCCUGCACACGUCUCACCUCUGGAUGAAAAGAAAGUUUACAGGCAAACAGCCUUGUCUAUGUCCAAUUUACACGAGGCAACAAUGCCCGUUCUGCUUGAACAUCUCAGAGAAACAAGAGCUGAUAAGAAAAGGCUUCGCAAAGCUCUGAGAGAGUUUGAGGAGCAAUUCUACAAACAGACAGGAAGGAGUCCUCAAAAAGAAGAUCGGGUGCCAAUGGCCGAGGAAUACUCCGAAUACAAGCACACAAAAGCCAAAAUCAGGCUCCUGGAGGUUCUCAUCAGUAAGCAUGAUAUUUCCAAAACGAUUUGAAGUGAAUGCAAUGCUGUGAUAUUGUUCUCUAGCAAAAAAAAAACAAGUAAUGAAAAAGAUAAAGUAAUUUUACAGGUCUUGGUCUGCUGCACAAUUACUUGACACACUGAGAUUUUUGAUGCACUUUACCAAUUAUAAUAGCUGGGAUGAGAGAGGACAGCAAUAUGCAAGAAUAUUAAGCACAGGUGAGUGGACUAUAGUAUAUAUUUUUCCUUUUGAAAAAGCCUUGAAGUGCACUGUGAGAAUAUUAAGAAAUGAAAAGGACACUGAAGUGUUGUAGCUCCUCAGUUUGACCUGCUCUAAAAGUGUGAGGAAAUGCUCUCCAGGUUUUUAGUACAUCUUAGUACAUUAUAAUGUACUACGUUUGUUUCCAGAAUUAACAUGCACUAGAAUUAACUAUUAAUGACGGCUCUCAAUGUGCUGAUUAAAGGAAAUGAAUUAAAACAAAUUAAGGGAAAACUCCAGACAUACUCUGGCUUUCAAGACAGAGUUGGCAUUCAAUUCCAGUAGCUUCAAAAAAAGGUGCAUAGAAAAAAACCAGUGCCAGGGAGUAGAGCAAAGUGAUGCUGCUUAUGCAAAAAAAAAAAGGACAGAACAUGAUGGCCAAAUGGAACUAUUGGUUUUUUAGAGAUAAGAGAAAAAAAUAGAGGUUACUGGGAAGAGAGAGACCAAAUGUACCGGCUGCUGUCCUUUUCACUAGUUCACAGGACCUGGCUCACUUCACUAGUUCACAGGACCUGGCUCACAGAACUUAAUAAAUAGAUCAACUAACUACAUGCUAAUUUUGAUUUUUGUACGAAACUUUGCACUUUGUUUUGCCUGAUGCUAUAACAUUCGCUUUUCUGACUACCAAAGCUCGUUUAGACGCAUGCACUUUGUAAAAUGUUGAAGUACUUCUUGUGUUAUAAAUUGCCACAUAUAUAUAUAUAUUAAAACAGGACUAGAUUAUUGCAUUAUGCUAAGAUAUUUUGGAUAGAUAAAGUACAUGGUAUGUAAGUGAGUGUCACAGUUAUCUGAUGAGGAUUGCUAGACUUCUUGUUUACUGAAAAUAAGAUUAUAAAAAGUUAUUUUUCCAUUGGAAUUAUGCAUAUUUCUUAACUUUCAGAGCACCACACUUUGUAUUAUUAAGGAGAAUUUGUCACUCUUUGUGAUAGAGCAUUGGUGUGAAAAAUGGACUGUUAACAGAAGGAUUAUCAGCAGGUUUUGUAUUAGAAAUGAAAAGCAGGGGGAUUCUGGGAAAUACCUAGCCCAGACAUAAAGGAGGGAAGAAUUAAUUAAAGAGAGAAAAAGGGACUUGAGUAAGUUGAAUCAUGUUUAGUGUUUUGCUUUAACUGUCAUUUUGUAUUGACCACAUAGUAUAAGCAAUCUGUUUUCUAUCUUGGUAAGAAGAUUUUGAUUUUAUAAAGCCUAUUAUCUACCAACCACGUUUGUACUUAUCUUGCGUGUAAUGGCAUGAUUUUGAAGAUGGACACAUCUUCAAGUAGUUUGGAGGAAAAAAUAUGAACACUAAAAAAGGAGUUUUUUAUUUCGCAGACGGUUGGUUGUUUCAGUGUACUGACUUAAUAAUUUAUAACUUAACUUUUAUGAAUCAGAAAUGGUCUUCAUAAAUCUGUUUUAAUUGAAGUCAUCUAGAGCAACAGGAACAGAUACAGAGCUAUUUGAAGUUUACAAACUACAUCUUUGAUAAGGGAAAAUGAUUUAAUGAUAUAUGUAUACAAUUGAUAUUAAAAUGUAAUCUAUAUAUUCUAUAUGAUUGUAUAAUAUUUUAUACAACAGUACAAAUAAAAUAUUUUUCUAUUAUAUUUA